AGGUCUAUUCGUAUUUCCGCUAGUUAAAGGUAGCCAUUGUCUAAAAAAUCUUAUGUAUUUAACAAAUAAUAUACAAAUUGAUCAUAUAAAAUCAGUGUAGUGUGUGUACAAGAACUUUUACAAUCCGAAAUACUAUCUAAAUACUUCGAAAACAUUUUACUAGCGCAUAGAAAAUUGUGAUUUAAAAAAUGAAUCCUGAAUAUGAUUAUCUUUUUAAACUUUUGUUGAUUGGAGAUUCUGGAGUUGGUAAAUCAUGUUUACUCUUACGAUUUGCGGACGACACAUACACAGAAAGUUAUAUCAGUACUAUUGGUGUAGAUUUUAAAAUACGAACAAUUGACUUAGAUGGAAAAACAAUAAAAUUACAAAUUUGGGAUACUGCAGGUCAAGAACGUUUUAGAACAAUAACAUCAAGUUAUUAUCGUGGUGCACAUGGUAUUAUUGUUGUAUAUGAUUGUACAGAUCAAGAAUCAUUUAACAAUGUUAAACAGUGGCUUGAAGAAAUUGAUCGUUAUGCAUGUGAUAAUGUCAACAAAUUACUUGUUGGAAAUAAAUCAGAUUUAACUACAAAAAAAGUUGUCGACUAUACCACAGCUAAGGAAUACGCAGAUCAAUUGGGAAUUCCAUUCUUAGAAACUUCUGCUAAAAAUGCCACAAACGUAGAACAAGCCUUCAUGACAAUGGCUGCUGAAAUUAAGAAUCGUGUUGGGCCACCAUCCAGUGUUGCUGACAGUGCUGCAAGUAAAGUAAAAAUUGAUCAAGGCCGCCCUAUAAAAAGCCAAUCAUCUGGUUGCUGCUGAAAAUUUAAUUUAAUAAUCAUCCCUUUUUUGAAAUGCGUUACUGCCUAAUUUUGUUUUGUCUGAUAAAAUCAUUUUUAGAGCAGUAUAUCCCCUUAAGCACCAUUUAAAUAUUAAUUAAUUAUUCAAUUUUUCUUUUUGAUAAUUUUCAUCAUUUUUGAUAAAAAUGACUAAUAAUCAAAUUAUACAUCUCUCUCUCCCCCCAACAAAAAAAAAAAUCAUAAAGAGGAAUAAAAAUUCAAAAAACAACAU